UGAGCUGACGUCAGCAAACGCCGCCGCGCGCGGGAGUCAGGGAGCGUCGGAGGACGACGGGACCAGCAAAUCUGCAGCUUACAAUGUGUGAUAAAUCCCACCUAGUAAAUAUCGCCAACCCGGUUAAAUCAGUCCAAGGACAAAAAGAAAGAACAAAAUGUCAAUGAAAAAUAGGAAAAGACAAGAUAAACGGGUUAACGACCUUGGUCCCGCUCCCGCGAUGCAGCUGUUGGCUGUUGGUCGGUGACGCCAGAGCCGCCUCAUGCAUUGAUUGGGUGGCCGAGCUGUCGAUUACGCUGCAGGGAAUGCAGAUGAUGGAAUCUGGAGCAAAAAAAAAAAAGAAACGAUCUGCGGAAGGAACUCAACUGGCCGAGCACCUCCUCCAGCAGUUUGUGGGGUUUUUUUUCUGAGUUCUCUUUUGCGCCGUAUAAUUCAACGAGAGGUUUGAAACUUUUCCCCAAUUCGCUUCGUCGGCUCUGCAGUCGCGCACUUUGGAGACAGUCCCAACGAUGUGGACGGUGCGGGGAGGAAGUGGCGGUCCAGCAGGAAACUGUGCGGAGUUUGUGUUGGAAGAAGGUUCCAGUCAGGUGAUUUGCUGACCCUGCACAAGUCCACAAUGCAGCCAGAGAGAGGGAGAGCGACAGACAUGACGUUCCUGCAGUGUGGGAGCCGGUCGCUAAUUUAAGUGUAAAUUUCCCUGCAGUAACGCCGCGAUCUGGUUAAGCCGAAAUGAAGUCGGUAUCGUCUGUGGUGAGGUUUGCAGAUUACAGCAACUCCACAGCCGCCGUGCCUGAAAAUUCCACCAUGUCUACGGGCAUCACCUCCGCAGCUCCGAUACCUUGGUGGAUCUCCACGGCAACCACUGGCACGGCGGCCAAUGUCACCCAGCCACACCAGUGCCUCAUCGUGCUCUAUGAAGACAUUGGUGAAUCACGGGUUCGCUUCUGGGACGUCUUCCUCCUGAUCCCCAAUGUGCUUUUCUUUGCGUUUUUGCUCUGGAAGCUUCCGUCGGCUCGAGCAAAGAUCCGGGCUUCGUCGAGCCCCAUCUUCACCACGUUCUACAUACUGGUAUUUGUCGUGGCAACGGUAGGAAUCACACGCGCUGUGGUGUCCAUGACAGUCAGUGCAUCCAAUGUCGCCAUAGUAACAGAUAAGAUCCUUUGGGAGAUAUCGCGAUUCUUUUUGUUGGCGACAGAGCUGAGUGUGGUAAUACUCGGCCUGGCCUUUGGGCACCUUGAAAGUAACUCCAGCAUCAAGCGGGUGUUGAGUAUAACGACUGUACUUGCCCUCGCUUACUCGAUAACACAGGGAACUCUGGAGAUCUUGUAUCCUGAUGCACAUCUGUCUUCUGAGGACUUCAAUGUCUAUGGUCACGGAGGUCGUCACUUCUGGCUAGCCAGUUCGUGUUUCUUCUUUCUGGUUUACUCGACGAUUGUUAUUCUUCCAAAAACUCCUUUACGGGAGAGAAUCUCCUUGCCCUCCAAGAAAAGCUUCUAUGUGUAUGCGGGGACGUUGUCGGUGUUGAACCUGAUCCAGGGGCUCGGCAGUGCGCUGCUCUGCUCCAACGUGAUAGCGGGACUCUGCUGUGUGGACAUCACAACAUUCCUGUACUUCAGCCUGUUUGCUCCACUGAUGUAUGUAACAUUCCUGAAAGGAUUCUUUGGCUCGGAGCCCAAGAUCCUGUUCUCCUACAAGUCACAGGUGGAUGAGCCGGAUGACGUGGAUGUUCACCUCCCCCAGACCCACUCGGGCUCGAGGAAGGAGGUGGCGGAGCCCGGCCCCUACUCCAACACGCAGAUCGACGGCUCAGCUGCCUACCUGGAUGAUCUGACAGUCGGCAGCAUCAACAGCGUCGACAGUGACCGCUGGAAAGUGAUGAACGCUUGAGCGAGCGAGCGGGCGGGAUGGGCAGAUGGAUCGGCGGCAACUCACACUCCCCCCCCCCCCCCUCCACGCUGCACCUCCCCUUCCCACCUCCCAAAACCUCAGCCACCAAAUGCACGGACUACAGGGGUUGUAUAAACCCCACCGCUCUCCCUCUGCAGACAAGCCCAUCACUCCUUCUCUCCCCCACUGCACCACAUCUCCUUGCUGGUUUUACACUUCACUCCACGUGCCUCCCCCCCUCUCUCCCCACAAACAUCAGACUAUUCCGCACCCUCCCAGCAGGGUACCGUUGUCUUCAGUAUUAUUCCAGGCCGGAGGAGAUGGGUUGGUUUCUCUGCCUCUCACACAAAAAGAAACUUUCAGGGAGCAAAGUUUGAAAGCGGAACCUUGCCUUCUUACCCUCUCCUCCUCUCCCCCAGAAAUUAGUCGCAUUCGGACUCCGCUGCCCCGUAUCCAUGCACAGUUUAAGUUUCCAGUCUGUCUGCUGGGCCAUGGAAGAAAGAGGAGAGUGAAUCUCCCCCGACAAAGUAUUCAGACUUUUCUUCUCGCAUCACUGGGUUUCCUGGGGAGUUUAUUGGCGCAGACGACAUUGGUGAACGGUUCCCGUGUCCAACGCGACAUCCUCGAGGGCAAGCUCAGAUGCUGUUUUUUGAAGGAUUGAGGGUGUUCAAUAAUAAAAAGAAACUUAUUUUUAA